AGGAAAUUCUUUUUUUUUAAUCUUAAUUCUAGAUUUCCUUUUGCUUCUAAGACCCUUCAGGUAGCAUUAGACUACUGGAAAAAAGGUGUGUGCGUGUGCGUGCGCUUGGGGCUAUGCACCUCUUGAUUAUUUAUUUUCCCCUGUUUUUCCUGAUCUUUAUUUUCACGCAAGAGAUGACAAAUGCACCUGCCUCUGCCUAUGUAUGUUCCUUUUUUUUCUUUUUCCCCUCCCCUUUCCUUUCCCAAGUGUCAGUUGCCUGCCACCCUCCUGUUUCUCUCCCCUUUUCUGGCUGUGACAAAUAYGACCUAGAAGGAUGGACGUAAAGGGAAAAUUCCAUUGAUGGAGGUGAAGCGGAUGCUGACAGAGUGCUCUGUGGACAGAGAGGUGCCYGCUCCCCUUUGCAGCUCUACUGAACCAUGCUGGAGUUCUGCAUUUGCACCUUUCCCCUUUCCCGCUUUCUAGUCUCUUCCAAAAUCAAUAGCUGUCAGCUUAUUGAGCAGCCUGCCACGCCAGCUCUGCCGGCCGAGCCAGAGCAGAGUACAGGGAGCUUUCUAACYACGUUUGUUUUUGAAGUAAAAAUACAUUUUUUUUUUUAAAAAAAAGAAAGGUUAAAAGUAAUCCUAACAGGAUGUCUUUUUGACCUGACUUAGCCUAACUUUGCAUAGGAAGCAGGUUGGAUACCCUUGCAGUUGUUAGUAAUACAGACUGAACUCCCUCGCUUGUGCGACUGGAAAGUAAUGGAUGCUGCUAGCAUCCCAAUAGUUGAAAAUGUGGAUUCAGGACUAAAAACUUUAUYGUCUGUUUUGGCAUAAACUAUCUUUUAUUCCUAAAUUUUCUAAUUACUGAAUAGCUAUGAAAGAGUGUAUUCAAAAAGAUACUUAUACUGGGGAAUCUUUCAUGCAACAGGAACAUAUGUAGGUGCAGCUUGUUUAGGGCUGAUUUAUGUGCUGUGUGUUGUACAGGAGUGUUAACUUGAUGUUGUAUACAAUUUUAAAAAGAGAAAUUGCCCAGAGAUGAUGUGAAAUUUUCUUAGGUAGUAUCGUGGUACUGUCCCAGUCUGCAAGCUUUGUGGUUUGUUAGUAGUUGAGGCAGUUGAUGCUGAUGUUAAUGUUUGAUGCAGUUGGUGAAUCCGAUGCAAAUAGAAAACUAAUGUAUGCCUGCAUGGCCUAAUUUUGUAGCUGGAGUACAGAAAUGAUAUUUCAGUAUAGACAGAAGAAAGUGAGAGAUGGCAAAACAGGCCCCAUGUUUUGUAAUCAUGUAAACAUGUCUACAUUGUGAUACAUCUUGAAUUCAUUUUGGAUAAAUGAAUGUAGUGCCUUUGGACAUGUGACAGGGAACAUGACAGCGGUGACUUAGUGCCAUCUGAAAGCUGGAUGAACCUGCAAGUGGUUGCAGUGUCAGAUGUCACUAGUAGAUUUGGGAAAGAAACUUUUAGAAGCUGCCCGGGCAGGUCAAGAUGAUGAAGUUCGCAUUUUGAUGGCAAAUGGAGCACCUUUUACCACAGAUUGGCUGGGAACAUCUCCACUUCAUCUAGCAGCACAGUACGGGCACUACUCGACAACAGAAGUGUUGCUGCGAGCAGGUGUAAGUCGGGAUGCCAGAACCAAAGUGGACAGAACUCCAUUACAUAUGGCAGCAUCAGAAGGCCAUGCCAACAUAGUAGAAGUCUUGCUUAAGCAUGGUGCUGAUGUCAAUGCCAAGGACAUGCUCAAGAUGACUGCACUUCACUGGGCUACUGAACAUAAUCACCAAGAAGUGGUAGAACUCCUWAUAAAGUAUGGAGCAGAUGUCCAUGCUCAGAGUAAAUUUUGCAAAACUGCAUUAGAUAUUGCAAUAGACAAUGGAAAUGAAGAUCUUGCAGAAAUAUUACAGAUUGCCAUGCAGAACCAAAUCAAUACAAAUCCAGAGAGUCCAGACACUGUGACAAUACAUGCAGCAACACCACAGUUUAUCAUUGGACCUGGAGGGGUGGUGAACUUAACAGAUGAGACAGGAGUGUCUGCUGUACAAUUUGGAAACUCAUCAACGUCAGUAUUGGCCACGUUAGCGGCUUUAGCAGAAGCAUCAGCCCCCCUGUCUAAUUCUUCAGAAACACCAGUUGUGGCAACAGAAGAAGUGGUGACUGCAGAAUCGGUGGAUGGUGCUAUUCAGCAGGUGGUCAGUUCUGGAGGUCAGCAAGUGAUCACCAUAGUCACGGAUGGCAUUCAGCUUGGAAACCUCCAUUCAAUCCCAACCAGCGGGAUAGGGCAGCCAAUCAUUGUGACCAUGCCAGAUGGACAGCAAGUAUUAACAGUUCCAGCAACAGACAUUGCUGAAGAAACUGUAAUAAGUGAAGAACCACCCGUCAAGAGACAGUGCAUUGAGAUUGUUGAAAAUCGUGUGGAGUCUGCAGAAAUAGAAGAAAGAGAAACUCUUCAGAAGCAGCUGGAUGAGGCAAACAGAGAAGCACAAAAAUAUCGUCAGCAACUUCUAAAGAAAGAGCAAGAAGCAGAGGCUUAUCGGCAGAAGUUAGAGGCAAUGAACCGCCUCCAGACUAAUAAAGAAGCUGUUUAAUAAAAAAUAAACAAAAACAUACUGCAAAGCCUGUUACUUUAAGUCAAAAAUCUGCAGUACAAUCUUGAACUGUACACUGUAUAGGUACAGACACAGGAUUACAUGAUAGAGAAGAUGCUACAAGUUGAUAACUGGACUUAAGCCAUGAGCUCUGAGGAAAUUCUUGUAACAUAAAAACUCUGAAUUUAGAAUUGUGAAGAGUAUUUAAAAUGAAAUACUGUAAAUAGUUGUUUUUUUUACAGUUUCAAAAUGAGUUGAUAAAUCUUUUUGAAGGGAUCCAGAAACACAAGCCAAUGUUUUUGUGAAACUUUUGAUUUUAGUAUGAAUCUAAUUUCUGAAAAACAGAACAGUUUUAAGGGUGAUGUUGCUGAUUUAAGUUGACAACUUGAAAAUGAAUUAUGGGACAAAAUUAACAGUUACUUCUACAAGGUAACAACUUAAACUUCUCUGAAUAAGACAUUUCCAGGUGGAAAUUUUUGUAAAGCUUUAAGUAGUUGUCUGAGAUUCUCUGAAAAACAUUUUUUGUUUUGUUUUUUAGGCGGUGAAAUUUUUAUAUUUAAUUUCAGAUAUAUCCAAGUAGAUUUACAUGUAUAUGAAGCUAAUAUUUUUUAAACUUUUCAGUUUGUACAUAUGCUGCAUGUUUUUAUAAUUUCUACACAUACAUCUUGCAUAUGUAUUUUUCAGCAAAGAUGAGAAAAAUUUAUGAAAAAAAUGCUUAGCCUGUAGGCCAUUUGAAGUAAGCAAGCAGCCAGUUUUAUUGUGAAUGACAUAUUUCUUGGAGGAAUGUAAUUUGUAAUAAAAGAUAUAUUAAAAAAAUCUUAAUUUACGUAAUAUAGACAAUUUAAAAUUUGGCACUGGAGGCAUUGGAACUUCCCAAACUUUGUGUGUCUUACAGUUUUCAUGUACAAAUAUUUUAAAGUUCAGUAAUGAAUAUAAAAGAAUGUCUCCGCUGGAACAGAAACAACAGUUCUUUUAGAUUAUUCCUUUUGAUUUGCUUUCCUCAAUAGUCUCAAAAUUAUUUCAGUGAUGCAUUUUUCUAAACAGACUCUUGCAUUGGAAUUAUGCAAUGGGAUAAGUGAUUUUUUUAUGUUAUAUUGAUGCAUCUUCCGACCUAGCAUCAUCGUUCUUCACUGUGAUACUGUGUUUGUGUGCGUCUGUGCAGUGAUCUGUUAUGCUUAGGGUUGAUAUAGCACGUUACAUCUCCAAAGCAUUGUAUAAGUCUUUGAAAGAACAAACCAUACUGUGCUGCCAGAGGCAGGUAAGUGAGCGCUGUCUCCGUUUGAUAACUGGUGUAAGCGAGACACAGGGAGUGUUAAGUGAUUGACCCAAGACCCCGGGGAUCUGUGGUGGGCCUGGGAAUGGAUCUCAGGAGUUCCUGGCUUCUAGUCCUGUGCUUAGACUAAGCUGCCUUAAGAUUGUUCAGUGCUGUGUUACAUUGAAAUUUAAACUACUGUGCAGAUUCCAUUUUUGUAAGAUAAAACUUUGUGCAUUGCUUUGUUGUUCCAUGUUUCACUGCUUUUAUGAAAUUGUUUAUAUAAACUUAAGCAAAAAGUCUAGUUUACCUAUACUGUAUACAAAAGAAUUACCCUUAAAACUGUACUCUGGCCUACUUUUUCUAUUUUACA